CCAUGAUACCCCUUGAACCCGCUCACUAGCCCGCUCAACGAUGUCAAAGCCGACCGCAAACUGGGAAAAGCUCGGCGACAAAUUCUAUCGCAAAAUUCAGCUCUACACCGCCGUAUUCGAUCAGGAUCUCGAGCUCGAGAACUACAAUGUGGUGGGGGCUCCAUACAGCGGCGCUGUAGCUAUCUACCGAAAUGAAGAAAAGAUCCAUACGUACCGGAGCGCUGGCUCAGCGAAAGCUAGUAUCGAUAUCUACAGUUGUGCCGGCAAACUGCUCAGGAGUAUAGGUUGGGACAAAGGAACGAUAAAGGACGUAGGGUGGGGCGAAGACGAGAAACUCCUCGUUGUCACCGAGGACGGAGCCGUGAGAUGUUACUACGAUCUGCAGGGUGACUUUAUACCUUUCACACUAGGCCAUGGAGCUGAAGAACACGGUGUUGUAUCCUGCAAGUUCUAUUCUUCAGGAUUUGUUGCACUGCUAGGUAACAACCAUCUGGUUUCCGUCUCGAACUACAAUGAGCCUCGGCCCAAAUUGCUUGCGAUUCCCCCUCCAGAACCCGUCGUAUCAUGGGCGAUAAUACCACCGGCUUACUCCCUUUCACGAUCUGUUGAAGUCAUUCUAGCCAUUGGGACAACUUUGUAUGUUGUGGAUGCUACCGACGCAGAGGACCGUGAUUUCAGCGCUGGACCUUUCCGUCACAUUAGCGUUUCUCCGAAGGGCGAAUUCCUGGCAUUUUACACAGACGAUGGGAAGGUAUGGGUUGUGAGUGGAGAUUGGAGCGAGAAACUGUCGGAAUAUAGUUCUCGUGCGAAGACAGUACCAAAGGAUAUGCAAUGGUGCGGCAGCAAUGCAGUGGCCCUGGCUUGGGAAGAUGAAGUUCACCUCAUUGGGCCAAGAAGCGCAGCCAUGAAAUAUUAUUACGAUACCUGGGUUCAUCUGUUGCCGGAUGUGGACGGUCUGCGACUGCUGACGAACGAUGUCUGCGAAUACUUGCAAAAGGUUCCCGACGAGACCGUUGAAGUCUUCCGUCUAGGUUCCGAUGCGCCCGCUGCACACUUGCUUGAAGCAUCCUCUCUGCUGGAACAGAAGUCGCCCAAAGCAGACGACUUGAUUCAACUCAUUAGACCCUCUCUCGCCGAAGCGGUGGAUACUUGCGUCAAGGCGGCCGGCCAAGAAUAUAACAUUCACUGGCAAAAGGCGCUCUUGAAAGCUGCAUCAUACGGAAAGUCUGUCCUCGAUCUUUACAGUUCUGAUGACUUCGUCGACAUGUGCGAGACUCUACGCGUACUGAAUGCAGCUCGGUUUUACGAAAUUGGUCUUCCCCUUUCUUACGAUCAAUUCAAGAGAUUGACCCCAGAACGACUCAUCGAACGACUUACCAACCGUCACGAGUACUUGACGACGAUCAGAAUAGCCGAAUAUCUGCAUCUUUCAACCUCACAUAUACAUGUCCACUGGGCGCAACAGAAAGUGCGACAUUCGGUAGCCGACGAAGAAACAAUCUGCAAACUCAUCGUCACAAAACUACACAACAAACCUGGCGUAUCAUUCGAGGAGAUUGCCCGAGCCGCAUAUGACGAGGGUCGUGUGCGCCUUGCUACUGAGCUUUUGAACUACGAACCACGGGCAGGCAAACAAGUACCACUUCUGCUAGGCAUGAAGGAAGAUAUGAUCGCCCUUGACAAGGCCAUCGAAUCUGGGGAUACAGACCUAAUCUUCCAUGUCCUUCGCUAUCUUCGCAAAUCUCUUCCCCUCGCCUCCUUCUUCCGCGUCAUCAACACUCGCCCAGUCGCCACCGCCCUCGUCGAAUCGUCCGCGUGGGAUAGUGAUCGCGACCUCCUUAAAGACCUCUAUUACCAAGAUGACCGCCGUCUCGAUGGCUGCAACCUCCUCCUAUCCGAAGCACUCUCCCAAAACGACCUCCACGCAUCCCUCGACAAACUCAAACUCGCCUCCAAAUACCUCCAAGACAGCAAAGACCACACAUUCCAACGCCAACAACUCGACGACGCCCAAAAGCUCCUCCGCCUCCAAGAACAGUUCGAGAAAGACCUCGCGCCCUCUAGCUCUAAUGCACCGCUCUCCUCAAGCGUAGACAAGUUCGUCGGCCUAUCAGCCAACGAAACAAUCUUCACGCUCAUCCGCGCAAACCACAAUAAACGCGCCCAGAAAGUCCAAUCUGAAUUCAAGAUUCCAGACAAAACAUACACAUGGCUUCGUCUGCGCGCGCUUGUCGCAGCGAGACACUGGAAUGAACUCGAAGAAAUUAGUAAGACGAAGAAGAGUGCUAUCGGCUGGGAACCCUUCUUCAAGGAAAUUCUGGCUGCGGGGAACACGCGCGUCGCGAGCGUGUUCAUUCCUAAAUGUACGAGCCUGAGCCCCGCGGAACGAGCGGAGAUGUGGGCGAAGUGUGGGUUGUUAGUCAAGGCGGGAGAGGAGGCUGUGAAGGCGAAAGAUAGGGCGCUCCUAGAGGAAAUUAAGAGUAAGGCGAGUGGGAGUGCGACGGUCGAGUUGGAGCGUAUGUUGAGCAUGAUGGGCCAAGGCAAGCGAUAGAGCCUUUCUCAGACUUUUGUAGAAAUAUCGAUUUAGCAUUUACUGAAUAUCAAACAUAAGAUCGUAGAUCUAAACUUAACAAACCAAUGUAAACAAACGCUUUUUCC